AUGGGUCAGUCUUAUAUGCGCGUGCCGGAAGAUGGCGAUGACGGGAAUGCCAGUGUUAGCAGACUUUCCACGUCUAACAGCGCGCAUAUGGCAACAACCACGCUGCAGGUCGGCGGAAUGACAUGCGGUUCUUGCACAUCAGCCGUUGAAUCAGGCUUCAAAGGCGUUGACGGCAUCGGGACAGUCUCCGUCAGUCUCGUGAUGGAGCGCGCUGUCAUCACGCAUGAUCCUCAGAUUAUUCCCGCCGAAAAAAUACAGGAGAUUAUUGAGGACCGUGGGUUUGAUGCCGAGGUACUAUCAACAGACAUUCCCAACCCAGUGACUACCAACACCAACAACAACUUCGCCGACUAUAGUACUGCCAUGGGGAACGGGGCCGCGACAACAACGGCGACAACUACUUUGGCAGUAGAGGGAAUGACAUGUGGCGCCUGUACAUCAGCAGUUGAAGGCGGUUUCAACGGUCUGGAAGGCAUCCUCAAGUUUAAUAUUAGCCUUUUGGCGGAGCGGGCCGUUAUCACGUACGAUGAGACCAAGAUUUCUGCCGAGCAGAUAGCCGAGAUUAUCGAGGAUCGUGGAUUUGAUGCUACUAUUCUAUCGACACAACGCGACAUGAGCUAUCAGGGAGAAGAUACCACAACCGCCCAGUUCAAAGUCUUUGGCUGCAAAGAUGCGACUACCGCCCAAACUUUGGAGGAAAGCCUCACCGCUGUUCCAGGCAUUCGAUCCGCCUCUCUCAGCCUCAGUACAGACCGUCUUACAGUAGUUCACCAACCCAGGACUAUAGGGCUCCGUGGCAUUGUCGAGGCCAUAGAGGCGCAGGGCCUGAACGCGCUUGUUGCAAGUGGUGAAGAUAACAACGCGCAACUUGAAUCUCUGGCCAAAACGCGCGAAAUUACAGAGUGGAGGAGAGCAUUCAAGAUCUCACUUGCAUUUGCCAUUCCCGUCCUUCUGAUUGGGAUGAUCAUUCCUAUGGCUUUCCCAGCGAUAGAUAUUGGAAGAUUGGAACUUAUACCUGGUCUAUUCCUGGGUGACUGUGUUUGCCUCAUCAUCACAUUGCCUGUUCAAUUCGGCAUCGGCAAGAGAUUCUAUAUUUCUGGGUACAAAUCUCUCAAGCAUGGAUCACCGACUAUGGAUGUUCUGGUCGUUCUCGGAACAACAUGUGCUUUUCUCUUUAGCGUCUUUUCCAUGCUCAUCUCAGUCCUUCUUGAGCCGCAUUCCAAACCUUCAACAAUCUUUGACACAAGCACCAUGCUCAUCACCUUCAUCACACUGUCUCGAUGGCUUGAGAAUCGCGCCAAGGGUCAGACCUCAAAGGCCUUGUCUCGACUUAUGUCACUAGCUCCGUCAACAGCUACCAUUUAUGCUGACCCGAUUGCUGUGGAGAAAGCGGCAGAGAGCUGGGCAAAGUCAUCUGACGAGCCCACAACGCCCAGAACACCUCGGACUCCUACAGUUGGAGGGUCUGCUUGGGAGGAAAAGGUCAUCCCGACUGAGUUGCUCGAGGUUGACGAUAUUGUGGUCAUCCGACCCGGUGACAAGAUUCCAGCAGAUGGCAUCCUGGUCCGUGGUACCACAUUCGUUGACGAGAGCAUGGUCACAGGAGAAGCUAUGCCCGUACACAAGCGUAUAGGUGAUAACAUGAUUGCCGGUACUGUGAACGGUGACGGACGCGUCGACUUACGCGUUACUCGAGCUGGCCAUGCUACCCAACUAAGCCAGAUUGUCAAGUUAGUCCAAGAUGCGCAAACAGCCCGUGCCCCAAUCCAGGAGCUUGCCGAUAAACUGGCCGGCUACUUUGUUCCCAUGAUUCUUAUCCUAGGCAUGAGUACGUUCCUUGUAUGGAUGGUCUUGUGUCACGUUCUGUCCCACCCCCCCGAGAUCUUCCUUGAAGACAAUAGCGGUGGUAAGAUCGUUGUGUGUGUCAAGUUGUGUAUCUCAGUCAUCGUCUUUGCCUGUCCAUGCGCACUUGGCCUCGCGACACCAACGGCUGUCAUGGUCGGUACAGGAGUUGGAGCCGAGAAUGGAAUUUUGAUCAAAGGAGGUGCUGCCCUGGAACGUAUAACAAAAGUCACGCAGAUUGUCCUUGAUAAAACUGGCACGAUCACUUACGGUAAAAUGAGUGUCGCUAGCACAGACCUCGUCCCGCGAUGGGCUGGAAGUGAUGUCAGUAAACGACUGUGGUGGUCUAUCGUGGGUCUGGCAGAGAUGGGUAGCGAGCAUCCCGUCGGCAAAGCUAUCCUAGGCGCUGCAAAGACUGAACUUGGUAUGGGACCUGAGGGCACCAUUGAUGGCAGCGUCGGAGACUUCAAAGCAGUUGUGGGUAAGGGUGUCAGUGUCACUGUCGAGCCCGCUUCCACAACACGGACGCGAUAUACGGUUCAAGUUGGUAACCUCGUUUUCUUGCAAGAUAAUGGUGUCGAUGUCCCUAAUGAUGCUGUUGAGGCUGCAGAGAAGCUCAAUCUAUCAGCUGGCGCAGGCAAAUCGCAAGCCAAGAGCACUGUCAAUAAUGCUGGAACGACCAAUAUCUUCAUCGCUAUCGACGGUCUUUAUACAGGCUACGUAUGUCUUUCUGACAAGAUCAAGGAGGAUGCUGCUGCGACUAUCGCGGUUCUCCACCGCAUGGGCAUCAAAACCUCUAUCGUGACAGGUGACCAACGGUCCACUGCACUUGCCGUCGCGUCCGUGGUGGGUAUCGAUGCCGACAACGUCUUCGCUGGCGUUAGUCCCGACCAAAAGCAAGCCAUCGUACAAGAGAUCCAACAGUCUGGUGAAGUUGUCGGCAUGGUUGGCGAUGGCAUCAAUGACUCCCCAGCCCUCGCGACAGCCGAUGUGGGCAUUGCUAUGGUAAGCGGCACUGAUGUAGCAAUGGAGGCAGCAGAUGUAGUACUUAUGAGACCUACAGAGCUGAUGAUCAUCCCUGCCGCUUUAGCUCUAACACACACCAUCUUUCGUCGGAUCAAGAUCAACCUUGGAUGGGCAUGCUUGUACAAUGCUAUUGGUCUCCCGAUUGCCAUGGGCUUUUUCCUGCCACUUGGUCUUAGCGUACACCCUAUCAUGGCGAGUCUUGCUAUGGCGUUUAGUAGUGUCACGGUGGUGGUUAGUAGUUUGAUGCUUAACUCGUGGACGAGGCCUGUUUGGAUGGAUGAGAUGGCGAUGAAGGAUGGUAAGAAGACCAAGACGGAAAGGUGGAUCUUGGGUAGGGGAAUCGUUGGAUGGGUGAGGGAGAUGAUUGGACGAAGAGGCAAGGUGGAAGAAGGCGGCACUUAG